AUGACUUACAAGGAAAGCUCUGUGGAGCUGUUUGGGGAGAUGUUUCAGAACCUCCCACGUCUAAAUUCUGAUUUCCUCAACUCUUCCUGGCAAAUGUCCAGAAAUAUCUUAACCCCUAAAACAAUUUCAAAGGACAUCACCACCCCUUCAUCAUCUCCCAAACCUUUAUCAGACAUAGCAACAAGCCCACCAUUCUCACCCAGAUCUCUGUCCAAAUCCCCUCAGAGUCCAGUUUUAUCCUCCAAUCCAUCAAGCCCACAUUCUCAAUCAUCAGACAUGCUUCGGAGUAAAGCCUCCAGCACCUCCUCUAAGUCUAAAUCCAAAGAGUUGCCCUCUUCCUUACUGUCGCCUAAGUCUAUAACUAAACGUAACCCUAACAUCCCAGUCUCCCCCAAAAAGACAGCAAAACAUAGAGUACAACAUGUUGCAACUGCUGAAAAGGCCUUAAGUGACAAGUUGUCUUCUCCCCCAACACCUAAAGAACCCUGUAGGCCCACCACACCCCCCACUCAUGUUCCCAGUAAACACCUCAGAGAGAAAGAGCAUCCUCCCUCACCACAAACAGAGGGAGAAACUGUUCAAAGAAAAAUCAUCAUUGAAGAUGUGGAGGAUAAAGGACUUGACUCGGACUUUUUGCCAAAUAUGGAAAAUCAAAAGGGCCGAGCUCUUAGAAGAGCUACAAAAGAGGCAGAGUUGUUUGCCAAGCUCCAGUCCAGUAGGAAGACAAACCAAAAUUCUCACAAGGCCUUACCCACAGAGCUCCUGAAAGGCUCGAGCUCCUUAAAAAAAGAAGUGUCUGCACUGAAGAGCACAAAGAAAAACCCCAAAGUCACGUCCAAAGGAAAAGAGAACAUAACCAAGCAGUCCAAUAAAAUCAAAACACUUAAAUCACCAAAACAAAAUAAGAAACAGCCAGAAUUUAGCCCAAAAACUUCACAGUCUGUUCGGAAGACACUGACUGAAGCACAGCAGAGAUUGACUGACGUGAAAGAAAAUGCCAGGAAAAAUAGAAAUUUGCAACAAGGUAAUAUAAACCGAGAGGAUUUGAAAGACAGCUCUUUAAAUAAAAACUUGAUAGACAGUCCAAGAAGGGAGGAAACUAAAUCAUCAAGUUUGGACAAGACAUCUCCUGUUAUUAAGGUCACAAAAGAAAAUGAAAAAAACAGCAUAUCUGUCCAAAGUGGAAGUUCAACAUCCGCAGAAAAUGUUUCAAAGGAAGACAUCAAACAUGCCCAAACCCAGAUGAAAAAAGUAGACGUCAAAUCGACUCCAACAAAAGAUCAGCACAAGCUUAAAUCUGCAGCAGGAAAAGUUCGAACUAAAACACUGAAUGUUAAAUCACCACUUGUGAAAAAAGAAACCACGCCUGUCACCACACCUGCUCAUACUAAUACUGAGAAAUUCCCAAGUGUGACAUCUACACCUGUGACAGUCAAAGGGAAGCAACAACAGGUCAAAUCCACACCAGUCAAAGAUCGAAGUGAAGAUGCAAAAAAAACUCCAGUUAAAAGUCGAAUUGAAGAUAAAGUAAAGGACAAAAAGAAAACAAAGGAAUCUAAACCAAAGGCAAAGUCAGGGGGAGAAGAAGGAAAGGAAAUCAAAGUUAAAGGUGAAGCUAAUGGACAUGCUAAAGAUGAAACACGGGCCAAGCCGUGGAGUAAUAAGACUGAAGCUCCGCAACAGCAUAUACCUAUUGAAGCAGUUUGUAACCCCAUUCCCUCACAAAGCCCUGAGAGAACAGAGGUGGUUUCUGUCAGCGGUGCCAAAUCCCUGCAAGGCUUUGAACCUGCUGAUACAGAUCUGCUUGUCUCUCAGAGAGACAAAGAGGAAACUAAAAGCCCAACUGAAGAGGAACCAAGGUGGAGAAAAAUUGUUAGUACCGCAGCCUCUAUUCUUCCUGCUGCUGGAAUAGCAGGCCCAGCUAUGGGGGUCCUUAGUGAGGCUGUGACAAGUGUACAGGCUUUUCAGUCAGACAGUGACACAGCUACCUCUACAUCACCCAGAGCACCCAGUCGAGCGAAGCAGUUCACGAAGCAAAGUGCAGUCAUGCAGCCAUCUUUCUCCUCCACACUGUCACGUUUGUCUUCAACAGAAUCAUCAAAUCCAACAGAAAAAAACAAAAAGAAAGAUGCUCAAGUCAGUGUCCUAUCAGAGUCAGGGAGUGCAGCGCAAGAAGAAGAAAGUAAUGAUAUCACUCGCGAUGAGUCAGAUCAGGAGGCGGUAAAAAGUGACAUGUCUGAGCAGAUCGAAGGUGAGGACAUUUCACAAACAGUGGGGAAGAGCAGUGGCACAGACACGGAAACUUCCAAGCAAGGACUUGAAGAAGAGGAGGAUGAAGAUGAGAAAACCUCCACGGCCCCCACUGAGGAUGUGGAAGAAGAAGAAGAUGAGAGUAACAAGGGAGAAGAAACAGAUACUGAAGAUGAGGAGAAGAUGGAAGAUGGAGAGAGUGGAAGUGAUGUGAACGGCGAGGAGGAGGGAGAUGAAAGUAGUGAUGACACAGAGGAUGAAGACGAGAAUGUUUCUGGAGAGGGUGAGGAAGAGCGAGAUAAUGAAUUUGAGGAAGAAGAAGGUGACGAAGAAACAAGCUUCAGCAGUGAGGAAGAGGAUGAAGGAAGUGAGAAGAGUGAUGCUACAGAAUUUGGAGGGGAGGAAGAAGAGGAAAGCAGUGAGAAGACGGGUGGGGGAGAGGAAGAAGAGGAAAGCAGUGAGGAGACAGGUGAAGGAGGGAGUGAUUCUGAAACAUCAGAGGAGGAGGAGCAAAGUGAAAGUGAAGAGUCCAGUGAAACAGAGAGCGAAGAGAGUCAAGAGAACGAGGAUGAAAGUGAGGUGAGUGAGGAUGAAGAAGAUGAAAGAAGUGAAGAGUCCGGGAGUGCAGCUGGAAGCAAGAGCGAAGAAGAGGAAGAGGACACAGGAGGGAGUGGCACUGCAGAGUCUGCAAAAAGUGAGGAAGACGACGAAGAAGAAGAAAAUGAGGUUGAGGAAGAGGAAGAGGGUGAAACUGAUGAGCAAAAAGAUGAUCAAGAUUCCACCGAAAGUGAGGAUGAGGAGAAAAACUCAGAAGAAGAUGAAGAAACAGAUGAGAGUGAAGGAGAGGAAGAUGAUGAGAAACAGGAUGAAGCAAGUGUUGAGACUGAUGAUGAGGAAGAGGAAGACAGUGAGGCUGACCAAGAGGAGGAAGACCACACGCAGCCCAUUCAUUCCUACUGA